AUGGCCGCAGAAGCCUUGAAAGCCCAACAACAACAUCAACAAAACGCUGCAAUGUUGAUGCAGCAGCGAAUGGCCAUGAGGGGACAAUCGGUCCUAGUCCUAGGUAAUUUUGCCGAACAACUGAGCAGCUUUACGAGCCGUGGAGAAGCGGCCGAUUUGGCGUACUGGUCAAGCUUUGUUGACAGAUUCUAUUCACCCACUGGGGUUCUCCGUCAGGGCGUGUUCAAUAACCAAGCUGGUGCUAAGCAGUUUGAAAUUGCAACACCAGCGCUUGCGCGGUAUUAUUUGACACAAUUUGCGAGUGGGAUUCGACAGAUUCAGAUGCUUAUUGAAGGGCCUCGAGAAAAGGAUCUUCCUAACGGAGGUCAUCUUGUCGAGUGUCCUAAAGCUUUCUUCAUCUACUGGUUCACAAACGAUGCACAGCUUUUCACUACCGGCACCUUGAAGGCGCAGUUUGACUUUCAAAACAAAAUUGAAGUUCUUGAUAUUGUUGUUAUGAGCCAUACGGAGUAUCUUCCCCGAAGCCAGUUACAGGCUUUGGAGCUUGAUCAGAAACAAAGCCCUAAGCUCACUAAGAACGGCAAGCGAGCCUCGCAGAAGCAGCCUCAGCAGCCCGCAUUUACGUUGCCCGAGUCUAUGGUAACUUCUAAUGGGGUCCCUUAUCCCGUAUUGCAGUUUUUAGAGAACGCGAACCCUGUUUUCAUGCAGGGCAAUAUGAACCCUGCAAUGCAGCCGGGUCCGAACGCGCGAGCACCUAGCAUGGGCGGGCCGAAUCAAUUCGCUUCCCCGGGGAUGGCCCAUCUCAAUCUACCCGUUGGUGCGCAAGGCUCGCCCCAUCUCCCGGGAUCAGCCCAUCCAAGCCCUGGUCAGAGCAAUCUUUCGGGACCUCCAGCAAUUGGGCCACAAGGCCAAAUGCCACAGCAAGUUGGUAGCGCUAGCGCAAGCCCUAAUGUGAGCAACAAGCGUCGACGGGCUAGUACCGUCAAAAUGGAGGGUGAGGAGGCCGGCGGAGAGGUUAACGGCGCCGCUUCCGGGGGUGCCAAAGUCAAGGCUAGCCCUCGGGUAGGAGGCAAGAGGCAGAAAGGGACUGCCGCCUGA